AUGGGAUGGCUUGAAAGAGGUUUAGUACUGAGGAAGGUCGCAAAGCUAUUAUGGAAGAACUGUGAAGAAAUUGCAAGGUGGGAAUGCAUUGGCAGCGGAAAACCGAUUACUGAAGCACGGCUGGACGUACUUAGUUGUGUAGAUACGUUUAACUACUAUGGAGGAAUCGGUCAAUCAUUAGCAGGCCAGCAUAUUCCUUUGGGUCAGGAUCGGUUUGCUUAUACGAAAAGGGAACCGUUAGGUGUUGUAGGAUGCAUAGGUACGUGGAAUUACCCGAUCCAGACAUGCUCAUGGAAAGUGGCACCAGCAUUGGCAUGUGGUAACGCUGUCGUUUACAAGCCAAGUCCAUUAGCUCCGAUUUCUGCUGUGAUUUUGGCCCAAUUAUUACAGUUAGCUGGUUUAACAGAAGGAGCUUUCAAUGUGGUACAGGGCGAUGUAGAAACCGGCAAAGCUCUUAUUCUACAUCCACUUGUUAAGAAGAUCUCAUUUACGGGAGCUGUCCCAACAGGCAAGAAAAUCAUGCAGGACUGUGCAGCCCGCAAUGUGAAGCCAAUAACAUUAGAACUAGGCGGAAAAGCAUCCUUGAUAAUUUUUGAAGAUGCUGAUCUCGAAUCGGCCGUUUCUGGAGCGAUGAUGGCGAAUUUUUUCAGUCAAGGGCAGGUGUGCACGAACGCUAGUAAGGUGCUCAUUCACCGCUCGUUAGAAGCGGAUUUUGUGGCGUCACUGCGAGAGAAAACAGAAGCCAUGCGUAUUGGUGACCCUCUCGAGGAUACGACGCGAGUUGGAGCCCAUAUUUCACGUAGUCACAUGGAAAAGGUCAAAAGCUACAUUGAUGGUUAG